CAAGAUAAUCUAUACAAGUUAAGACCUUGUGCGCAAUAUAUGAAUAUUAAAUAUUAUCUUUCGGGAAAAAAUCAACUGUAGAAAUAAAAACCGGACAAUUAACUUUCUCUCUCUCACACACACACACACACACACGCGUGCGUCAGUAAAAGUCAUGGAAACAGAACGGUGACACGCGACAGAGGUCAUUUAAGGUCCGCAGGCCUUUUCCACUGUCUCACUUUGCACUUGGGCUUGACACGAGUUGACCUACUGCAGAACCGGAAGGCUGGAAAGCUGAACUCUGAACAUCUGAAGCCGUAAAGCAUCUGGAGAACUAAACCAGUGAAUAACUGAUUGAAGAAGGAAAAAAGCUAACUACAUGAGAAAUGCCUGUUAGCAGAGCACCAAUUAAAGAGGAACACCUGCUGAUGGGAGGCCAGCGAGACCCGGACAAUCAUCAUGGAGCAGGUGUCUCCUAUAUUGUAAAUCAUCCUGCAGCCGAAGGGAUGCCUGAGCUGAUCAGGAAGAAUGAAGAGGAAGUCGUGGUCAUUCCCAUACUGUCCUCUGAUGAAGACGAUGAUGAGGCAGUCCUUAGUGAAAAUGAAGGUGAAGGCAUCCCCCCUCUCUCCACUGAUGAGGAUGAGGAUGAAGAAGGUGUGGGCAUCCCCCCUCGUUCCACUGAUGAUGAGGAAGAAGAGGUUGAGGAAGAAGAAGGUGUGCGUGUUCCUGCACGCCCUCUGAUGAUGAGGAUAAUCUUGGGAAUGAGAGUGACGAAGAGGGCACUGAUGAGGACACCAGCGAUGACUGGUCUGAAUUUUCUGACUGGACCAGCGAUGAUUCUGGUUAUGACACCAUGUCAUCCGAGGAGGACGAAGAUGAUGAUGAUGACAUGGAUGAUGGUGAUGAAGAGGAUGAGGAUAAAACUGAAGAUGGCGAGUCUGGUAACGAUGAUGACAACUUCAGACCUCCUCGCUUUGAGGAUCUCCCACCACCAGAACUUUGGCCGGGCUGGGAAGAAUCGGUUCCUCCUGCAUUCAUUCAGUUUGUGCAACAAGUUUUUCAGCAACUGAACGGCAGAACCU